GGCACAAAGAAAGCUAUUGAUGUCCAAGUUCUUCUUAAUUACAGAGAAAAAUGUAUCGGUCUGAGCUACGGCUUCAAUGCUUGUCCCUCGUCCUUUUGGUUGUAUUUCUCCUUCAUCUUCUAUCUGAUGCUAGGCCUCUGAAUCCAAGCAUGGAGGUGGAGGGGAAGAAGAAUAAAUCCUUAUCCAAUUCAACUUUUGAGGCACCGGUCGAGAUUCCCGCUGGAGGUCCGCCAGCUAUGUAUUCCCCUCCCCACAUUGGAAACCAUGAGAUGAGUAGUGCUGGUCAGAGGAGGGUUCAUGGUGGUGAAUAUCUUCCACUUCAUAGAGGUCCAGUCACACCUUCUGGCCCCAAUCCAAUCACACACGGGCCAUGAUUCUAUUUGCAACUUUGAGAUGACUAGUGCUGG